CAUCUCUCCCCAUCUCUCCCAUCUCUCCCAUCUCUCUCCCAUCUCUCUCCAUCUCUCCCGCCUCUCCCGCCUCUCCGGUCUCCCCUCCCUCUCGCCGCCGCUCCCGGGCGCACGCACCCCUGGCUUCAGCAUGGACGUGAUGGACGGCUGCCCCUUCUCGCCCUCCGAGUACUUCUACGACGGCGCCUGCAUCCCGUCCCCCGAGGGCGACUUCGGAGACGAGCUGGAGGCCAGGGGGGCCGCCUUCGGGGCGCGCAGAGCGGCGCUGCCGGGCCCCGACGAGGACGAGCACGUGCGAGCCCCCACGGGCCACCACCAGGCGGGCCACUGCCUCCUGUGGGCCUGCAAGGCGUGCAAGAGGAAGUCCACGACCACGGACCGGCGGAAGGCGGCCACCAUGCGCGAGAGGAGACGCCUGAAGAAGGUCAACCAGGCCUUCGAGACGCUCAAGAGGUGCACCACGACCAACCCCAACCAGCGGCUGCCCAAGGUGGAGAUCCUCCGGAACGCCAUCCGCUACAUCGAGAGCCUGCAGGAGCUGCUGCGCGAGCAGGUGCAGACCUACUUGGGCCUGGCGGCGCCCAGCUGCUCCGAGCCCACCAGCCCCACGUCCAGCUGCUCCGACGGCCUGCCCGAAUGUAACAGCCCUGUCUGGUCCAGAAAGAGCAGCAGUUUUGACAGCAUCUACUGUCCUGAUGGGCCAAAUGUAUAUGCCACAGAUAAAAGCUCCUUAUCCAGCUUGGAUUGUUUAUCCAGCAUAGUGGAUCGAAUCACCAACUCCGAGCAACCUGGAUUGCCUCUCCAGGACCCGGCCUCCCUCUCCCCAGUUGCCAGCACGGAUUCCCAGCCUGCAACUCCGGGGGCCUCUGGUUCCAGGCUCAUCUAUCAUGUGCUAUGAACUGAAAGUCUAGUCUAGAUCAGUUCCAUGAGGAGGGCCUAUUACGCAGGAGGAAGGAAGCCCCGAAAGUCCAAGAGCAAGACAAGUUGUAUAUAAAGAUUUCCUUUGCGUUGUAAAUGUGUAAAUACCAUCUUGCCACUUUAUACGAAAGUGUAUUUAACUAAAAAGUCACCAUUGCAAUUAAUACUUUAUUCCUUUUCUCCUCCUCCUCCACCUCCUCCUUUAGCUCCUUCUUUGCUUUAGAUAUAUAGCUCCAAUAAUAUUCUUUCCGAUAGGGGGCAAUUCAUUGAAGAUAGCUUGUUGCAAUGCUUAACUUAUAUAUUUUUUAUAAAUAUUGCUAAUCAAAAUAUUAUGUCUGAUGUUAGAUCUUUAUUUUUUUUUCUUUAAAACAUUAGGACAGCUGGAAAUCAGUUACAGGAAACCUUAAAUAUAUUUAACUUUUGUUUUCCUAUUAACCUUUUGGUGAUAUUGUAUUAAGUAAGAACGUAACAAAAAAAAAAAAAAGUAAGAACGUAACAACACUGCCUAACGGUAUCUAUUUUGGUCUUUUCUGAUUCAUGUUUUUUUAAAAAGAACACCCCUAAUGGGAUUAGCAAUCACUGACACAAAACCUUAAGGUGGUCCUGAAAAUAACAAAAUAGCUGGCUUUGUGUAUACAUUUGAACGUUUACCAUCUCUCAGUCGCAGCUGAGGUCCUGUUGAUGUCCCAAAUGAAGAGAACAUUUCUAUUUUAAUCAGCUUUCACGGGAGCCUGCUAAAUACAAUUUUUCCCUUAUCUUAGCACCGUGCCAUCUAGUGUCAAAUUGUGAGGGCGUGGAGGAAAAGUAGAAGUUAUUCAGGACAAGACAACAUGUUUCAACGAAAAUAAAGUACAAUAUUACAUCAUUUUAAUACGGUACAUUAGGAAUCUUGAGUUAGAUAAUACGUACUUUAUCUACUUGCCUGAAAAUAUCUCGAUAUAUUAAUAUGUUAAUAUUGUCAAUAAAAUAUUUA